AUGUUUAUUUCCCUUCCGAGGUUCCGUGACCUUCUUAAAGUCGACUAUGGACAACAUGAGCACAGACGCCGGUGCCAGGACAAGUCAGGGGCAUCUCCUCAAACGGCCCCCAGUCUUCCUCUCAAACACGGCCCCCCGGUCUUCCUCUCAAGCACCGCCCCCCGGUCUUCCUCUCAAGCACCGCCCCCCGGUCUUCCUCUCAAACACGGCCCCCCGGUCUUCCUCUCAAACACGGCCCCCCGGUCUCUCAAACACGGCGCCCCGGUCUACCUCUCAAGCACGGCCCCCCGGUCUUCCUCUCAAGCACGGCCCCCCGGUCUUCCUCUCAAGCACGGCCCCCCGGUCUCAAGCACCGCCCCCCAGUCUUCCUCUCAAGCACGGCCCCCGGUCUUCCUCUCAAGCACGGCCCCCCGGUCUUCCUCUCAAGCACUGCCCCCGGUCUUCCUCUCAAGCACGGCCCCCCGGUCUUCCUCUCAAGCACGGCCCCCCGGUCUUCCUCUCAAGCACGGCCCCCCGGUCUCAAGCAUGGCCCCCCGGUCUUCCUCUCAAGCACGGCCCCCCGGUCUUCCUCUCAAGCACUGCCCCCGGUCUUCCUCUCAAGCACUGCCCCCGGUCUUCCUCUCAAGCACUGCCCCCCGGUCUUCCUCUCAACACUGCCCCCGGUCUUCCUCUCAAGCACGGCCCCCCGGUCUUCCUCUCAAGCACGGCCCCCCGGUCUUCCUCUCAAGCACUGCCCCCGGUCUUCCUCUCAAGCACGGCCCCCCGGUCUUCCUCUCAAGCACGGCCCCCCGGUCUUCCUCUCAAGCACGGCCCCCCGGUCUCAAGCAUGGCCCCCCGGUCUUCCUCUCAAGCACGGCCCCCCGGUCUUCCUCUCAAGCACGGCCCCCCGGUCUCAAGCAUGGCCCCCCGGUCUUCCUCUCAAGCACGGCCCCCCGGUCUCAAGCACCGCCCCCCAGUCUUCCUCUCAAGCACGGCCCCCGGUCUUCCUCUCAAGCACGGACCCCCGGUCUUCCUCUCAAGCACGGCCCCCCGAUCUCUCAAGCACGGACCCCCGGUCUUCCUCUCAAGCACGGCCCCCCGAUCUCUCAAGCACGGCCCCCGGUCUUCCUCUCAAGCACGGACCCCCGGUCUUCCUCUCAAGCACGGCCCCCCGAUCUCUCAAGCACGGACCCCCGGUCUUCCUCUCAAGCACGGCCCCCCGAUCUCUCAAGCACGGACCCCCGGUCUCAAGCACAGCCCCCCGGUCUUCCUCUCAAGCACGGACCCCCGGUCUCAAGCACGGCCCCCCGAUCUCUCAAGCACGGACCCCCGGUCUUCCUCUCAAGCACGGACCCCUGGUCUUCCUCUCAAGCACGGCCCCCCGGUCUUCCUCUCAAGCACCGCCCCCCCGGUCUUCCUCUCAAGCACCGCCCCCCCGGUCUUCCUCUCAAGCACCGCCCCCCCGGUCUUCCUCUCAAGCACCGCCCCCCGGAGCGCCCACCUCGACACCGCGGCAGACGUCUCACCAAACCGCGCAUCCUCAACCAGCCGCAAGGGCUGGCGAGGUGA